CCAUAUUAUCUUCUUUCUCCUCUAAGAGUUACAUUAGUCUUCAACACAAAGAUAAUCUGAUGAGGAUAUUACCUAAAAAUGGAGGUGCUUACUGCCUCCUCGUUGUGUUUGCUCUCUGUUCUGUGGCUCAUUCCCUUAUCCGUGACGUUAAGGUCGUUGGCGAUGUCGAAGUAGUUGGCUACGGCAAUGCAGAAAGCAGCAAAAUCAAGAUCCCCAAUGCAUUCUCAGGACUCCGAGUGACGAUAGAAUGCAAGGCUGCCGAUUCAAAAGCCCCUUUUGUUACUAAAGGAAGCGGGGAAAUUGGCGAAACCGGAAAGUUUCACCUCAAUAUGCCUAAUGACAUUGUUGGAGACGAUGGAGCCCUUAAAGAAGCUUGCUAUGCUCAUCUAUACAGCACCUCCGGCACCCCUUGUCCGACCCACAACGGCCUCGAGGCCUCCAAGAUCAUUUUCCUAUCGAAAUCCGGCGAAAACCAUGUUUUUGGUCUCAAACAAAGUCUUAAGUUCUCACCAGAAGUUUGCAUCUCAAAGUUCUUUUGGCAUAUGCCUAAGUUCCAUGUCCCCGAUUUAUCGUUUCCAAAGAUCAAGAAGCCUUGUCCUCCAAUCUACAAGCCACCAGUGGUGAUCCCCAAGAAGCCGUGUCCACCAAAGAUUUCACAUAAGCCCAUCUACAAGGCUCCAGUGCCUAUCUACAAGGCUCCGGUGCCUAUACACAAGCCACCAGUGGUGAUCCACAAGAAGCCUUUUCCACCAAAGAUCGCACAUAAGCCCAUCUACAAGCAACCAGUGCCUAUUUACAAGCCAAAGAAGCCAUGUCCACCACCAAUUCACAAGCCCUCUGUGCCUAUCUACAAACCGAUAUACAAGCCACCAGUAGUGGUGAUCCCAAAGAAGCCAUGUCCACCACUUCCCAAGUUCCCGUCUUUCCCACCUAAGUACAUUCCGCACCCUAAGUUCGGGAAAUGGCCUCCUUUCCCUUCUCAUCCUUGAUUGAGAUACAUAUAUAAUUCUCUGUCUUUCUUAAUUUAAUUCAAGAAAAGUGAGCGAUGCCAAAUAAUAAUAUUCCCUUGUUGCUUUGUUGAAUUCUAUGUAGAUGAUGUUUGAUGUUUCUAUAUAUAUCUUUACAUUAAUCCCAGCCAAUAAUAUUUGUAAUUUUUGUUU